AUGCGCUUCCAUGCGAUUGAAUUUGACCCCAUUCUUACUCUUAACCCGUGGACGGGAGAGCAGAGCACACUGACAGUGCACUCCCUCGUAAGGUUCUUCCAGCGCCACAAUAUCGCAAAGGAUCUAUCGCGACAUAUUGUACCAUCAGUCUGGGGACCUUUUUGCGAUGACGGGAAUCCAGAGAUGGACUUUGAAGCGGAGUUACGCCUUGCCAAGCGGUUGGAAAGAGGGUUACACGUUCUCUUUCACAUGGCCGACAUUGCGCGCGACACCGAAAGGCUGAAGCCCAGCAGGAAGCCACUGGCUCCUGUUGUCAGUGGACGUCUCUUCGUGCUCGGCAAGAUGUUAGACGAGUACGAUGAACUUCCCCAGCACAGGAAACAGUUGAUGUCAUUUGAAGAGUACACCAACCACGUUUAUACGGUUCUAAAGUGGGGAUAUGUGGAGGCCGAUAUUGGCCGCAGGCGGCUAGAAUUCCGAGGAUGGCUUGACGAGCAGACUGAGAUCGACUUUCACGCGUCUCUGCGAAUGCUGCGCGAGCUGAUGGAGCGCAUGCUUCUCCGCCACGGCCCCAAGGACUGGCACCGCGACGCCAAGAACGAAUAUAGCGUCAUAUCCUGGUUUCUCCUGAAACAACCGCCGCGCUCACUGGCGAAGCUGUUCUUGAGUCCUCAGAACGACUGCUGCGAUAUUGAUGUGAAAGCUACUGAUUGCGGUGUUAGGAAAUGCCAUUUCUCAGACCCGCUAGACAACUACUGGAAAGCCUGGAAAAAUGUGCCCGACCUAGGCUGCCAGGACUGUGACUGCAAGCGACGAGUCAGAAGUUGGAGCGUCAAGCCUGCACUUAUUGAUGCCCGAGGAAGAGACGACGUCCUUUCAACCCUCCAAUCCACACGUCCUCUAUUCUCCUCCUAUCUCCGCAUCCGCUCCCUCGCCAAAUCUCCCAAUAACCCGGAGCUCCAACAAGCGCGCUCCGAGCUUGAGACGACCCUCACCGAUCUAACCGCGGACUUAGACGAUCUAGUCGAGAGUGUGCGUGCAAUCGAGCAAGAUCCAUAUCGAUUCGGCCUAGAACUAGAAGAGGUUCAGCGCCGGCGAAGUCUUGUCAACGAUGUCGGGGCCGAGAUCGAGAAGAUGAGGGAGGAGUUGCAGAGGACGGUUACAGCUUCGAGUGGUGGUGGGAAGGGCACGGGUGCGCUGCCAAACCCGGCUGAUUUCGAUAAUGUCUUAUCGCCGUCGGCGGAGGAUCAGGGAGAUGAUUACUAUGCUGCGAUGGAGCAGCAGCGGCAGAUGGAGCUGAUGCACGAGCAAGAUGAGCAGUUGGAUGGGGUGUUUCGGACUGUGGGGAACCUGCGACAGCAGGCUGAUGAUAUGGGGAGGGAGUUGGAGGAACAGGGGGUGAUGAUAGAUGAGGUGGAUACAUUGGCCGACCGAGUGGGCGGCAAGCUGCAGAAUGGCAUGUCGAGGCUAAAAUACAUUAUCCGGAAAAAUGAGGAUACAAUGUCAUCCUUUUGCAUUGCCGUCCUCAUAUUCGUUUUGGUCCUCCUCCUCAUCCUGCUCAUUGUUCUUUAA